AGGUAACAUUUUUCUAGCACCACAUUUUCUAAGUACGCGAAGAUAGUAAUAAACGCAGAAGCUAAUGACGCCUGGUUACGCCAAUCAGAAGUCACUAAAACUAACAUUGAGUCAUUGAGCCAAAACCACAUUGGACCUGAGGUUUCUUUUCAGCACUGCAGUCAGGCUGACUAAGAGUCUUUUAGACCCAAUUCCAAACAGAUUACUCAGAACUUAGUAGGUAGAACUUACUUAAGUUCUACUUUCAAUCAGCUCGUCCAUAUUAAAUCAAAUCAACCAAUCUUUACAUAUCGUCUAUGUACCACAGGCUUUCAAGGUGGCUGUGGCCAAACCUUUUGAGAAAAAAACCUACUGUGGACCCUGGAGAACUAGCCAACUAUAGGUCCAUUUCUUUUCAAAUUUGCCCUUUUUUUCUAAGGUUCUGGAAAAAAAAUGUGGCUAUACAAUUAUCUGACCACCUCAGUGGGAAUAACCUGUAUGAAGAUUUUCAGUCAGGAUUUAGAAAACAUCGUAGCACAGAAGCAGCUCUGGUUAGAGUUACUAAUGAUCAUCUCUUAGCUUCAGACAAUGGUUUAGUUUAUGUCCUUGUCCUGUUAGAUCUUAGUUCUGCAUUUGAUACAAUUGAUCAUAACAUUGUAUUACAGAGACUAGAACAUAGCAUCAGAAUUAAAGGAACAGCACUGGAAGGGUUUAAAUCUUAUUUGUUGAACAGAUUCUAGGUUGUUCAUGACAAAUCUUCCAUAUGCACAAGGAUUAGCUUUGGAGUACCACAGGGUUCUGUGCUUGGUCCAAAACCGUUUAGUCUGUACAUGACUCCUCUAGGUGAGAUUAUUGGGAAGCAUUCUAUAAAUUUUCAUUGUUAUGCAGAUGAUACUCAUCUAUAUAUGUCCUUGGAACCUAAUCAAACAGAUCAACUAAUCAAAAUUCAAAGUUGUUUAAAAUACAUUAAAUCCUGGAUGUCCCAAACAUCCUUCAACUAUAUUCAGAUAAAACCGGAAUUCUUAUCGUUGGGCCUAAAAAUCACAGAGAGACACUAUUAAGUCAGAUAGCCACCCUGGAUGGCAUAACAUUAGCUUCAGAUUCUGCUGUAAGGAACCUUGGUGUCAUCUUUGACCAGGAUCUCUCUUUUACAUCAUAAAUUAAACAAAUCUCCAGAACCCAAGUUCACCUUAAAAGUAUAGUUAAAAUCAGAAUCAUCCUCUCUCAGAGCGAGAGCCCGAGAGAGCCUGAUCUAUGCAUUUGUUACCUCUAGGUUGGACUACUGUAACUCCUUACUCAUAGGAUGUCCUAACAGCUCCUUAAAAAGCCUACAGCUAAUUCAAAAUGCUGCACCCAGAGUUCUCAGUCGGGACUGAGAAAGAGAUAUCACAUUUCUCUUACAUUAGCUUCUCUGCACUGGCUGCCUGUGAAAUGUAGGAUAGAAUUUGAAAUUAUCCUACUCACCUACAAAGCACCUAAUGAUAAAGCUCCUUUUUAUUGUGGCCUGGUGAAAGAGAGUCAGUCCAAUGACUUUUGGGUUCUUUUAUUCUUAAUUAUAAAUUUGCGAGUUAAACAUAAACAAUAAACAAAAUGUCACAGUAUGUACAGAUGGAGCGGUUCGUUUUCGCUGAUUUCAGUCGACUGUCAGUCACCUUUCUGACGCUGAUCACACACUUAUCACACCCUCAUCAGCCGACUGUCAGCAGCCCCCCUCCUUGGUCUGUCUGGGGAAGUUGUUAAAAAUGUUAAUAAGGCCACCCCCAUUUUAGCACCAAAGACGCAAUUCCAGGGUAAAAACUGUUGUAGGGGGGCUUGGUGGAAUGGUACCUAAGUCAUGCUAAUGUCAUGACAAGAUCAGUGUGAAAUCCUGCAGCAACGAGGCAACGAAAAUUUGCUGCUCCAUCUGUAUAGCUGAUUUAAAACUAACGUGGCUAUUCCAAGACAGGGACAAGUGAAGUGCAAAAAGGAAAUAAAAUAGCUGUGGUGGCUCUUCCUGACAAAAAAAAAGAGCGCACGUACUUACAGUAAUGUCAGUAAUGUUACAUCACUUCACUUAAAACAAAACCACAAUAAGCACAGAACCCUAAAUACAUUACUAACCUUUUGUCAGUAACACUCAGCCGUACCCACUUCUUUCUGACCACGCUCAACAAUCACAGAUUACGUUGGAUCUCACCUUUUGUUUUGGCUUUGACAACCCGUCGAGCUCUCCCAGAGUACACAGCGUGCUUCCUGCUAAGGUAUUGGUUGCUACCUCCGUAUCCCUCGUCAUCUAUCAGAGGACCGCAUGUGUUUUUGUGCAUCGGUCCUCAUUUCCUGACUUUUUCCCCGCUCAGCGUCUUUCCAGCGUCCCCUGCCCUCAUCAGACAACCCCAGCAAACAUCACGCCUCCUGCUGACAGAUUCAACAGUUACACUGUCAUUAUCACCCGGCUACAUUAUCUUAAAGACCUCAUAGUUCAUUAUGCUCCCAGCAGAACUUCGUUCUCAGAGCGCAGGGCUACUGUACUUGUGGCUCCUGGAGUCUUUAAAUGUCGAAUGGGAGGCAGAGUCUUUAGCUGCCAAGCUCUUCUCCUGUGGAACCAACUCCCUGUUCAGGUUCGAGAAGCUGACACACUCUCCAUCUUUAAGACUUAAAACCUUCUUUUUUGAUCAAUUUUACAGUAUAUUUAGAGCUGGUUCCCUGGCAAUGAUUGUGAUUGUCAGUCACAGGAACCAUCUCUUAGUUAAGCUGCAAUAGACAUAGACUGCUGGGAGACUUAAUUUUUACACUGAGCUCUUCUGUUUCCUUCGAUCUAUUCUAUCUAAUAACCUCCCAUCAUUGUUCCAUAUUUAAUUAACCUUGUCUCUUUCUCUCCAGUAGUUGUGCUUCUGCCCCGCUUUCUCUCUCUCCCACACUCUUUCCUCACUUACAGAUAUCAUCGAACUCAGAGCUAUGUGUCUGUGAUAGGCACCUGCAGAUCCAACCAUCCUGCCUGUGUCCAGUCCCUGGUCCAACCAUCCCGCCUGUGUCCAGUCCCUGGUCCAACCAUCCUGCCUGUGUCAAGUCCCUGGUUCAACCAUUCUGCCUGUGUCAAGUCCCUAGUCCACCAUCCUGCCUGUGCUGUUGCUUGUUAUUCUUGCAGUGCUUUUCUCUCUCUCUAUCCCCUCGUUGUGAUUUGUUGCUAUAUAAAUAAAAUUGAAUUGAAUUGAAUUUGAAUUAUCUAACCCUCUGGUAAUAGAAAAGCCCCCUUCUGCUUACACAAUCUGUAACUGCUGGGGUGGAACAUCAUGCCUAUCAUGUAUAAACCUCAUGCAUGUGAGUUGAUCAAAACAGGCCACACAUUUGAAUUACUCUUCAAAGAGAAAGUGCUAUACUCAUGGGUUAAUAAGAAAUCUAAUCAACACUGCCCAUGGCACUGACCACUUCUCUCACCCAGUCAUCCCCUCACUCACUGGCAUGACUAAGCACAGCUACACCUGAGUAGGAUGCAAUGGCUAACUGUGGUAUGUUUUGUAGAAAUUGAUAUUUCACGUCAGUAUGUUGUCUUUUACAAUGCCUAAUUCUAGAGUUUUCAUGUCCAGUAAGAUUUGAACACUCAGAUCAUAAUGUUAAGUAGAAUAAUUAAUUCCUCCAGAGCAGAGAACAAAUUGACUGGAUCACCUCGUCUCGUCUUAGCAUUCCACAUGCUGAUUUGUAUAUUUCAUUUUUCAGACUGGCUCUAAUUCCAUAUCAAAACAUUCCCUGAUGGAGACUUACAAAGCAUUCCAAAGGACAGACCCUGAUGGACAUGGUGUGUGAGCACCUGAACUUGCUGGAGAAAGACUACUUUGGUUUGACCUUUGCAGACACAGACACCCAGAAGAACUGGCUGGACCCCUCGAAGGAGAUCAAGAAGCAGAUGCGCAACUCUCCAUGGCACUUUGCCUUUGCUGUAAAGUUCUACCCUCCAGACCCCUCACAGCUCACUGAGGAUAUUACCAGAUACUACCUCUGUCUGCAGCUGAGGGAUGACAUGCUGUCAGGCCGACUACCCUGCUCAUUUGUCACCCAUGCCCUCCUGGGGUCCUAUACUGUUCAAGCAGAGCUGGGAGACUACGACCAAGAUGAUCAUGGUUCUGACUACAUCAGUGAUUUCCGCUUUGCCCCUAAUCAGACUCGUGAGCUAGAGGAGAGGGUGAUGGAGCUACAUCGAAACUACAAGGGCAUGACUCCAGCAGAUGCUGAGAUUAACUUCUUGGAAAAUGCAAAGAAACUGUCUAUGUACGGGGUGGACCUCCAUCAUGCUAAGGACUCUGAAGGGAUUGAGAUAAUGCUGGGUGUCUGUGCCAAUGGCCUGCUGAUUUACCGUGACAGGUUGAGGAUCAACCGCUUUGCCUGGCCAAAGAUUCUCAAGAUCUCCUAUAAGAGGAGUAACUUUUAUAUCAAAAUACGUCCUGGAGAGUAUGAGCAGUUUGAGAGCACAAUUGGAUUUAAACUGCCAAAUCACAGAGCUGCGAAGAGGCUGUGGAAAGUUUGCAUUGAACACCACACUUUUUUCCGGUUGGUAUCUCCAGAACCUCCUCCUAAGGGCUUUUUGGUGAUGGGUUCCAAGUUUCGAUACAGUGGAAGAACACAGGCUCAGACAAGACAAGCUAGUGCUCUUAUAGACCGGCCUGCUCCACAUUUUGAGCGUUCUACAAGCAAGAGGUACCUUCUUUCCAGAAGCUUGGAUGGAGCAGAGUUUUCACGGCCACUGUCUGAUAUGUGUGAGAACCAUGACGGCAUGUUCCAACAUGGCAUCAAUGAACAGCAUCGUCUCCAUAGCCUCUUUGUGGAUGAGCAGGACACUGAACUGGAACCCAGUUUGGAGCAGGAUGAGGAAGAGACGACCCAGGGAGGGGGCCAGGAAAUGGAGCAGGACAACAAAGGCAAUGUGACCCCAAGCAAAAAGAAGGAGAUCAUGGAGGAGGCUGGAUCACCAGUUGAGAAUAAACAUGAGUUGGACCAGGAGGCUACUCCUCUGCACAAACAGGAGUUUUUGGAUAAGACUCAGGAUGUCUUGCUGAAGCAUCAGGCCAGCAUCAAUGAGCUGAAGAAAGCCCUGAAGGAACCCAACAGCAAGCUGAUGAACCGUGAGAAGCGUUUCUCAGGAGUCUCCCCUCCUGGGACACCAGAGAAGAAAGCUGACUCUGUAAACAGUCUUUCUGUUGAGGGUUUUAUCCAGACAUCUCUAGUGACUUCACCUGAGGGCUCUGAAGAGUGGGUAUUGAUUGAAAAACAAGAAACUUAUCAACAAGACCAUGACUGGAUGGCAGAAGAAAAUAAUACAUUUCUCUCAUCUGAUUUGGCAUGGGAGAAAAUGGAGCCGGAAAAAAGUAUAGACCAUGCCAAGAUAAACAAACAAUCAACGGGGUAUGAAAGGAAAGAAAUGACAAGCUAUGCUGAUGAGAUUUCAUCAACAAAAUCAUCCAGAGAGAUCAGUAUGAGCUCCGAGAUUUGGUCGACAAACAAAAGCCGUUUCGUAGUUCAGUUAUCUAAGAAUGCAGACUUGUUUCGAGACAAAUCUCAACGUAAACCAUCUGAAGCCUUGGAUGCUAAGGUGAACAGUGAUUUGGUCCUGGGGUCAAGUCAGAUAAAAGACCACAUAGCUUCUAAACCAAGGAAAAAGAGGAGACCCCAGAGCUUAAACCUAGGAAUGUCUGCAGAGCUCAUCUCCAGAAAAAAAUUUGGUGAUUCAACUGAAGAAGAAAAUGAGGACUCAGACUCAGACAACACUCCAGAAAAAACAGAAAAAACACGAGAUCACCGGAAGUCAUUGCUGAUGGUGUUGAUUAGAGAUGAUCAAAAAUCAGGAAAGGAUCUGUCUGUUGGGGAUUAUAAAGAAGAAGAAAGCAGAGAAGAGGAUAUAUCAGUAGGAGAAAGCAGGAUGGUCUCCAUUCAAGGAGAGCAGGCAAAGAAAAAAGUGAGUCAAGCAGGAACAAAAUAUAUUGAUUUAAGCUCAGUAAACGGGCCAGGAAAGCUAGAACAUGUUAGUUCAUUAGCAGGUGGUAAAGGGGAGUGUGCAAUAAAGGUGAGAGGAAAAAGCCUCAUUGACAACAAAGAGCUAGCAGAAGUUAAACUGAGACAGGUCAGAACACAUGAAAGGAAAAUCAGUAGUUCUGGGGGAGAAGAUAUUGAGGGCUUCUUGGGGGACAGAAGUCAGAGAACAUCUCUACACCGACUGUCAGGCAGCAGCUACCAAUCGGAAAUUACUAGGAUUGUUCCACUCAAGCCAGAACGGUCAAAGAGUGUAGCAUGUAAGGAUGAACAGGACAGGACAGGACAGGAUGAGCCCCUACUGGUCACGAGAAGAGAGUUCCGCUGGUCGGUUGGCUCUCCAGAGGGAACUUCAGAUCUCAACUGGACUGAUGUUUCAACUUUCCAUCCAGAAUUUGCAACAGACCUGGAAGGUGUUACUAAAGCAGAACAUAUUGAGGACAGCUUUCAGUUAGGUAGAAGAUCCACUGAGAGUCAAUCAUUCAUCUCAAAGAUUUCAAUACUUCCCAAAAUGACUCCUCCAGCCCCACCAAUAAAAACACAGAAGGCCAGGGAAUCUGGACUAAUACUACGGAACAGCCGAAGUGGCAGCAGGGAACUGAGCCAGGAUGCAGCAAAGAAGAGACACUCGGAGCCCAUUUCCACUCCUGCCAUUUAUGAAGAGCAAUUUGCUGAUUUCAAGAAGGAGCCUGGUGACAGGUGGCCCCAGCCGGGUGUAACCCCUGAGGAAGAGCAAGAGCGAGAUGCAGUGGCAUGCAUGAUGGAAAGCCAACUGGGCAUUGAGCGCAAGUGCUCCAGUAUGACUGUCAGCUCUACUUCCAGCCUGGAGGCUGAGGUUGACUUCACCAUCAUUACAGAAAUAAACUCUGGCACGGAAGACUUUUUUAAAGGUGUAUCUGAUCUGGGAGAAAGAGAGCGGCUGUCAGAGGUAGGCCGGGAGGACUUUGAAGAAACCUCCAGGUUCUACUCAGCCCGUCGUAUGGGCUCACAGGACAAAUUUCCAGUGGAGAACCUUCCUGUGCAGGGAAUGCAUCAUGAGCCUCCUGUGGCAAAGAAAGACCCCAGUGCUGUGAACAUGGCCCAUAUGCUGAAGAGGACUGAUACAAUGACAGAGACACAUAGUAAUGGAUCAGAGGUCGAACCCAGCAACACGAACAUCUUACAACAGAAUUAUGGAGUCAUCAGCCCACCAGAGAAUACUGUUAAAGAAAAUGGCUCCCCUGUAAAGGUUGGUGUUCAGGAGAGGGAGUCUGUUGUAUCCCCUCUCACCAUCACCUCUGAGAAUGUCACCUCAGCAACCACAACUCAAGUUACCAAGACGGUGAAAGGAGGAUAUUCAGAGACCAGAAUUGAGAAAAGGAUUAUUAUCACAGGCGAUGAUGAUGUGGACCAGCAUCAGAUCAGAAAAAUGGCCCCAACAGAAGACAUGCUUACUGAAUACCUCAAGCAGCAGAAACCAAAGGACGAGGGAAAGGAAGAGGAGAAAACCUCAUGGAAGGACAAACCACUGCAUGGUAUGUACCACCUGCAGAUAAAAUAAGUGGCUGAUAUCGACAAAUCCUAGCAGUGGCUGGACAAAACUAGACUGAAAGACAGCACAGAGGCACUGAUCCUAGUAGCACAGGAGCAGGCUCUGAGUACCAGAUCAAUAGAAUCUGGGAUCUACCAUACCAGACAGGACCCCAGGUGCAGGCUGUGCAAAGAAGCCCCUGAAACAAUCCAGCACAUAACAGUGGGAUGCAAGAUGCUAGCAGACAGGGCAGACAUGGAACGCUAUAACGUGGCUGGCAUAGUGUCAGGAACAUCUGUGCUGAGUACAGGCUGGAGGUCCCAAAGUCCGAAUGGGACACACCUCCAAAGGUGUCUGAGAAUGACAGAGCUAAGAUCCUGUGGGACUUUCAGAUACAGACUGGCAAACUGGUAAUGGCCAACCACCAUGACAUAGUAGUGGUGGACAAACAAGAGAACAGGGCUGUAGUGAUAGAUGAAUCAAUCCCAGGUGAUAGCAACAUCAGAAAGAAGGAGCACGAGAAGAUCAAGAAAUACCAUAGGCUGAAAGAAGAAAUAGAGAAGAUGUGGCGGGUGAGAGCACGAGUGGUACCUGUGGUGAUAGGCACACUAGGGGCCUUAACCCCCAAACUGGGAGAGUCACUCCAGCUGAUCCCAGAACCAACAUUUGAGAUCUCUGUGCAGAAGAGUGCACAGUCCUAAGAACAGCUAGUGUACUGUGCAGAUACUAUGCAGGACCCUCAAGCUUUCAGGCCUUUGGUACAGGCCCAAGCUUGUAGAAGUAAGACAGCCCCAAGAAAGGGGCGAGUGGGGACUUUCUUUUUGCUAAUAUACAGUAUGGGACUCAUGACACAUACAGUA